AUUCUUUGUUCCUUGAAUAGAGUCUAGGGUUUACAAAAGGGGCAAAUCGGAAGGAUCGCGGUGCUCGAAUUUUUUUCAGCCAUUUGGCAAAGUCGCAACGUUUCUAUCAAAUCCGGUCGUUAGGGCGUGCGGCAUCUCGACCAAGCUAAGUUAUUAAUUUCCUUCCUUGAAGAAAUUUACUGCUAUCAGGAACUCCGAUUUCUCCUGCUCGCGGUCAAGUUUUGAUUUCCAGUUUGAACCUACGCGAACUCAAAGCCCUAGGUUUUUUGGGGGAAUGGUGGUUGAAUGUUAUGUGGGAGAAGAGCGUAAAUAUUGGUUUUUGAUGGAUAGAUCUUUAUUUUGGAGUUGGGAUUUGAGCGAAAUUGGAAGCUUUUAUUCUCAGUAAUUGCUGUCGCUAAAGAUCACCAUUGUUGAACCUGAACCUGGAUUUUUAAUCUAGUGCUGUAAUAUUUGACCAAAGCCACGGUCAAGAAUACCUACUCUCUCUUUCUCUCUUUUUAAUUUGUUGAGUCAAUGGACGAAAUAAAGGAUACAAGUGGCUCUGUAGCAAGUACUGAACCAGAGAAGGACAUGCUAGAGAUUACUGAAGAUGAGCAUGUUAAUGAGGAGACCGCAGAUGUGGAACUCACACCUCUAAUUGAUAAUAACCCUUUAGUUGAGAAUAACUCUGUGAUUCAAGCAGAAAACUUCACUAAACUGCAUGAGGAGCCUGUUUCGGUUGAACAUACUGCCAGAAGCGAUGAGGCACCGCAAGGUGAUCCUGCUUCGAAGACUGAUGUCGUGGAUGCCUCUCAUCAGGUUGCUAUUGGUGAUGCAAUGACAGAAGAGAAGAUUAAGGAAGAGAAUGUGCAGCUUGAGAAUGGGCAGUCGCUUGUCGCAAUGGAUGAGAAGGAAGAUGACUCUAAAGUGAAUCAAGUUACUGAGGCCACUGUAAAGCAGGAAAAGGGGAAGGAAGAUGAUGAAGAAGGUGCAGAGGGUUAUAUCCAGUCUUCUGAGUUUGACUCUUUUUUGGAUGGUGAAGAUUCUGGGACAGAGGAUCAGCAAUCAGCUUUUAUGAAAGAGAUUGAGAACUUCUACAAAGAGAGGAGCUUGGAGUUUAAGGCACCUAAAUUUUAUGGCGAAGGUUUGAACUGCCUAAAGUUAUGGAGGCAAGUGACGAGAUUGGGUGGCUAUGACAAGGUGACAUCAUGCAAACUUUGGCGACAAGUGGGAGAAUCAUUCAAGCCUCCAAAGACGUGUACUACUGUGUCGUGGACUUUCAGGAUUUUCUAUGAGAAGGCACUUCUCGAAUACGAAAAGCAUAAAAUUCAGACUGGAGAGCUCCAAGUGCCCAUUUCUUCAGUUCCAGAGCCUAUUAUUUCUGAGCAGCAGAUUGGUGGAAACCAAUCAUCUGGUUCAGGCAGAGCUAGAAGGGAUGCUGCAGCGCGUGCUAUGCAGGGUUGGCACUCUCAGCGCUUGCUUGGUAACGGAGAAGUUGGAGACCCAAUUAUUAAGGAUAAGAGUUCAUUUCAGUUACCAAAACGCGAUAAGCAUCUUAAAGGCUUAGGUGGAAUGAAGAGAAAGAAAACACCGGGCCUCGAACAUUCAGUCAAAUUUGCACGUACUAAAGACAUUAAACCACAAACUGAUUCCAUGGUUUUUGAUGUUGGGACUCCUGCUGAUUGGGUGAAGAUCAAUGUUCAACGAACGAAAGAUUGUUUCGAAGUUUAUGCUUUAGUUCCCGGGCUUUUGCGCGAAGAGGUGCAUGUGCAAUCGGAUCCUGCUGGACGUUUGGUUGUUUCCGGUGAGCCAGAACAACCCGAUAAUCCCUGGGGUGUUACUCCUUUCAAGAAGGUUAUCACCUUACCUUCACGCAUCGAUCCACACAAGACGUCAGCGGUCGUAACCCUUCAUGGCCAACUGUUUGUUCGUGCCCCGUUCGAGAAUUCAGACAUUUAGAGCUGUCCUACUAAGGUGACAAGAACACAUUGUUGUUGCGGUCUGUGAAAGCUGAUCGAUCGGAAGCUUAUCCUUGAAAGCUUCACUGCAAGUCCUGCUUCCUGACCAUCUGAUCCUGAUUAGGUAUUUAGUUGGAAUCCAUUAGGAUGAUUGAUGUAGGUUAACAAUAAUUGUAGCAGUUUACCUAUGCCCAUUUGUAAAUGAAGAUGGAUUAUUUAAUCGACUUCUUUAAACUUAUGGACACGGUAUAUUUUAGCUAAUAAACACAUUAAGACUUUUAGCAGGCCAUGUGUCAACUCUAAUGUAUAAUUGUAAUCGUACUAUGAGACUUUUUUUUGUAGAUUGGAGAAGUAUUUGCAAA